AUGAAUAGUGAUUCUUCAGGUCUUAAGGCCUCGAUUGCACCACAGUCCGGCUUCGAACGACAGUGGCGAGACUGCUGCAAACUUGCAGCAGCAUUGUCCGGCGGUGCACUCGCCAUUGUUGCAGAAAAAUAUGGGUCAGAGCCACUGUGUAGAGGCGCCAUCUCUGCUGGAUGGGAGAAAUCUGGUGGCGAUUUUGGUGUUGUGGUGGUGUUGGUGGUUGUGUUGUGUUGGGGUUGUUUUGUUUUUGUUUCUAUUUCAGCUUGUGAGGCGCGACCGGCACCCAUAAUCUCUCUCACAAACAAGAUGAAGGUUGUAGCAGCAUACUUGCUAGCCGUUUUGGGAGGCAAUGCCUGCCCUUCCACCGACGAUUUGAAGGAUAUCCUCAGCUCUGUUGGAGCUGAAGCCGAUGAUGACCAGAUUGGGCUUCUUUUGACACAAGUUCAGGGAAAAGAUAUCACAGAGCUCAUUGCAGCUGGAAGAGAGAAGUUGGCAUCUGUACCUGCUGGAGGUGGUGCUGUUGCAGUGGCUGCUUCUGUUGCCGGUGCUACUGGUGGUGCAGCUGCUUCAGCUGCAGCGGAGCCCAAGAAAGAGGAAAAGGUGGAGGAGAAAGAGGAAUCAGAUGAUGAUAUGGGCUUCAGUCUCUUUGACUAA